GGAGCAGCGUCACACUGACCAGGCUCCUCUGAGUGAUGAUGACGGUGUGCAGAGAGUGGCUGGCAUUGUCCAUAAUGUCUCGCUGUAUCGCUUAAUUGCAUUAUUUUUCAUUGCAUUGAAUGUGUUUUUUAUUUAUAUAUAAAUCACGCUGUUGUUUUAAUUUGAAAGGCAGGCGUCGUAUGUUUUUCCGGUUUCGGCUUUGGCAUCUCUUGACAUUUGGACGCAGCUGGUCUGGGCGCAUCUGGUACCGUGUGACCAUCCAUCGAGACUGGUUCCAAGGCUCUCUUCGCCCCUGCCCAUUGAAAGGCGUUGGACCGAGUGAUGCGCGCGCGACCAACUUGAUCUUUUGUUUCUUUCUAAAACUAUUUAACCCUCUUUCACCAUUGCCCCGCACCGAGGCUCCGCGGAUUUUCUGUCGUCCCUUGGUCUCCGAACUGCGCGGAGGAAGUGGUCACUGUUGGCUGUGGUCACCGCUGUCGUGAUGGUUCUGCUGGCUCUGGCCAUUGCGGUGCCGCUUCUCCUCCUGCGCCCCUCGGAGACCUCCGCUCAUUAUUACGAGAUGAUGGGCACCUGUCGGAUGGUGUGCGACCCUUACACCGCAAAACCCGGGGGAGGCGCCGCUGGAGAGGCGACCCAGACCGUCAACAGCGUCGCGCCACUACCACCGAUGGCACAAGGUAGCCGCGGGGAACCGGGGCGACCGGGAAAACCUGGUAUCAGGGGUCCGCCGGGAGAACCUGGACCCCCGGGCCCCAGGGGUCCACCAGGGGAGCGCGGCGUCAGCAAACUCCCCUUCCCCGCUUUGACCGCAGCAACGGGAGAGCACAGCGAAAUAGACGGGACCAACUCUACAAGUAGCGGAAACCGUGUCGCUUUUUAUGUCGGUCUUAAGAAUCCCCACGAGGGAUACGAGGUGCUUAAGUUUGACGACGUGAUUACAAACUUGGGAAACCUCUACGAUCCGAGCACCGGGAAGUUCACCUGCCAUGUGUCCGGGAUCUACUACUUCACUUAUCAUGUGCUGAUGAGAGGAGGAGACGGAACCAGCAUGUGGGCCGACCUGUGUAAAAAUGGACAGGUCCGAGCAAGUGCCAUAGCUCAGGAUGCAGACCAAAACUACGACUACGCCAGCAACAGCGCUGUGCUGCAUUUGGACUCGGGCGAUGAAGUGUAUGUGAAACUGGAUGGCGGCAAAGCUCACGGAGGCAAUAAUAACAAGUACAGCACCUUCUCUGGCUUCAUUUUAUACCCUGAUUAGGUCAAAUUGUCAGCAGAUGUUAUUUUCAUGGACGUACUAUAUGGUUAUCAUGUGUUUUUGUGUCCUUCAAAACACAAGCUGCUUAUAUUCAUGUCUAUUGAUGGACAGCUUACUCGGUGCAGAUGUGAAUACGAUAUUCUACUUAAAGGCUCUGGUGGAUUAGCAGUGCGGGGUGAUAUUCCUCGGAAGUCAAACAUCAGUCGGAUGAUCUUGUGCAAUCUUGCUGUUAAAUCCGGGUUUUAUGUGGUAAAAUUUCAAAUAUUGAUCUGAUACAAUGGCACGAAAGAAGCCAUCUAAAUGCAUCAAUUUAUUUGCUGCUCCAACUGAACAAACUCUUCACAAAUGUAGCAGAGCACUUUCAAGUGCAGUCAGACAAACUCCAGUAACAUGUAGUACUCAUUACUACACAAACAGUCGGACACACACAAAAAAACUAGCCUGUUCUUGUUCUCCUAUUCUGUUCAGGUUUUGCGUUCUGUUAUGUACUGUUAACACUGUUGUGCUUUAUACAUUCUUAACCAUUGUGAGUCUGUUGUCAGAUUCCACUUUAAGGCCAUUUCACAGAUAUAUCCAUGGUGGGGUUUAUUCUGUAUGUGUGUGUUUUUUAUUUUAUUCCAAAUGCAAGCACGACAUCAAUACCGAAUUUGGAACUCACCCUUACAGACACACACGUCCAUUCUUGUCCUAUCAUCCAAUUUGCCAAAGGGGAGCUGGACCCAUCUGAUAAUCCAAAAAAGUGUCAGCAGAGAACAGAGUGGUGUAACAGAAACUGUCACAAUUUACUAUCCAGCGGCUAAAAAUAUAUAUAUAUAUUUUUUUUUUCCAUGGGGAGAAGGGAUAUUGUUUGUUUGUUUGUUUGCUUGAAAAUAGUUUUGUGUGUUUGACAAAACUCCUAAUGAAGCACCAAGUCAUUUAUAUUUUGAAUCCCUAUCAUAUGUGAAUAAAUAUUGUCUAACAAAGAA